GGCUGUGGGGCGCUUGGUCGUCUUGUUGUUGCUUGUGCUGUCGGGGAAGGCUGAACCGGAGAAAGAAAACAACACCCAGUACUCAGAGGAAGUUCCCGCGAACGAAACGGGACCCAGCGAAACACCCGAAGUCCGGAGGGAAGAGAGAGCCGGACACAGCACGGGUCCUUUGUCAGUUUGCCCCUGUGACCUGCACUCUGGCUUCUGUGACCUUAACUGCUGCUGUGAUUCAAGAUGUGGCUCAGAAUGCAGUGUGGAGGGCUCUGGGUGCCCCUUUUCCUUCUGCCUUCCAGGCAGCACCAGGUGAGGCAGCUGAAUCAUCCACUUUCCAGUAUGCAAGAAAUAAAGGCAUUUGGGCUGUGAGUCAGAUAUGUUUAGAGGAAUCUCUCAUUUUCCGAAAUAAUACCCCUUACUUCACUGAAAUAGUUCCUGAUUCUAGUGGAUGUAAAUUGCUUUUCUGUGUACAGCUAAAUAACUCAAAGCUGAACUAUUACCAGAAGCCACAAGUGAUAACAAAAGAAAACUUACCAGCACUGUCAGCACAAUAUGGAGGGCCAUCAUUCAUCUUACGAGAACAAACUGAACAAUCUCCAUCUACCUUUUACCGGGUAGGGGAUCCAAUCCAGAUUUACUUUGCUACUUCAUCUGUAUUGAGUGUACUCAAACAACCAAGAAGCAUGAUUGUCAGCCAACUUUGCACUGAUGAAAAUCCUGCUGGUUUUCUGGAAAGCAAAAGCACAAGCUGCAUUCGCAUCUUUACUAACCUGACAAGCAGCUGCACCUCUGAUCCUGCCCUGAAUGCCAUUUCAUACUACCGUGACUUCAAUGUGCUGAAGGUCCCAGUAAAUUUGACUGUUUUCCAACCCUUACAGGUCAAGAUUAUUCCUGUCUCCUUGCCUGCGUCUCCCAUGCUGAUUGGCAACACGUGCUACAAUGCUGUUUCUGAGGUGAUCUAUAAAGUGAAGUUCAAUGGGAUCCAUGGAAUUCAGAAUGUUUCUGUCCAGUUUAAAGUGGACAACAUAUAUGGAAACCCAAGAUCCAUACUGCGACAGCGUUUUUCUCUGAGCUUUUGGAAUAAAAGCCCUUCUUUCACCAAACAAAGAAGUGGGAAUCCUGGAUAUAUCACUGGAGCACCACUAACAGCUUUAUACAAUGGCACUGAGCAAUAUGUAACCAUCUUGCAGAAUCAAGAUAAUGGACAGUGCUCAGAGAAGAGAUACGGGAUACGGUUUAGAGAGAACAUGAGGACUGGCUGCAAGUUCAAUUCAUCCUUCAAACUGGAAGAAGCAAACUGUAGCCACUUGCAGGAAAGUCUAUAUCAAGCCUUCCAAGGGCAACACAACCCAGGGAGGCUGGCCAUAACUGGUAAUGCUGAUGUAAACCAGCCAGGAGAAUGGAACAGCAUCUUCAUCCAAACGUGCAACAUGCAGGAUGAGCAUUGUAUGAUUCCUAUGUACCUGGAGAUCCAAGUGAUAUGGGCCCAAGUGGGCCUCCUGUCGAACCCACAAGCGCAAGUUUUGGGAGCCCGGUAUCUUUAUACUUGUAAGCCUCUGCAGUCCUUAGGUACAUAUAUGAACAUGUUGCCACUGAUGACUACAGUUGCCUUCACCGAUGUCACCAAGUGGCCAGAGCCACCACGUAGCCAGCCUGGAGUCUACUGGAAACUUCCAUUUGAUUUUUUCUUCCCUUUUAAAAUGGCACUGAGUGGUGUUGGGUGCAGUUCAGGAAUCCAAGCUGGCACCCUGCUGGUGACCUUAACACUAUGUGGAGCACUUGUCUCAUGAACUGAAGAACCGUCUGUCUGAUGGAGGGAACAAAGUCUGCAAGAGUCAUAUCAAGGUGACUGUGCUUAAUUAGCCUUUAAUUAGGACUGAUGGCUGCAUGGAUUACUCUGCUCCAGAUAAAGUUAAUCCUCCCGGUGGAAGGAGCAGUAUGGAACCAGUGUGUUAGAUGUCUGAGACAGUUGGAGUCCAGUCUGUUCUCAUGGGCUUGUAAGGAUGAUCUGUAGAACCAUCAGCCCAUGUCAGAUGCAGGUGCCAUAGCCAAAAUUUGGCUUUCACCCACACUGUGGUAACUUAUGAACAAUUGUGUCUUACGUGAUUUUGCUGUGUUUCUUCAGGAGUGGAUGUCCUUACUUCACCUUUUAGAGUCUUUGCAUUUUGGCUUGAUUAAGGUGAGGGAUCCAAGGUGGUACUGGCACAAUUUGCACCCCUAAAGGCAUCUCUAGGGAACUGUUUUAAUGUGAACAUAAGAGUCCUUGGAUCUCCUCACCUGAACUCUUGUGUUCUAUCUUGAAAUAAAAGUUACUAUCAGAGUAGGAGGAAAUCUUUAACUUCAGGUAUGGUUUCCUUUCCUUGUUGGGGUGAACUCAGGACAAUUGGUAGGUUACACGUUUAAGAAAAAAAUAGUUAUCUAAAUGGAUAAAGAACUGGUAUCAUUCCUCUAUUGAUAAUCAUGCCCUCAUGCUGUGAUUUAGCUUUAAUAGUGCCAGUUCUUGGUCUUUGUACUUGUUGCUGUGGUAAGAAGCAGACUUUCCCAGAGCAGUUACAGCUAUUAUUGACAUCACAAUUACCGUUCAAGAUACUUCCACGUGGUUUCUGAAGAUAUGGCAGAAGCUGGGGUGAUGUUGCAUGGGGAUCCUUAAUUGUGUGGAACGUAUGCACCUUUAAGUAUUAGUUAUGCUGUAUCAAUAUGAGUAUUUGGUGCGAACUGGAUUCUUGUUUUAUGUGUGCUGCAACUGAAGUUCUACUGAAGGUUCUCAGUCUUGUAUAUUUUCAAUGAACAUCCUUGAUAACCAAAUCCAGUAUAUAAAACAUCCCAAAUGGGAUCUCUUAUUACAAAAUACUUUGCAUAUCAAAAGCUUCCUUAUGCAGCUUGUGUUGUCAGCCACCAUUCAGUAAGCUUAAGCAGUUUUUCUCUUUCACUGUUGCUUCACACAAUAGUGUGCAGAUGUCGUCCCAGGUGUCUUUCUUUUAAGAUGAAACUACAAGCGAUCAAAACAUGUUGUUCCUUGGCUAUCCUCUGAGAUACAAAAGGAAUGUAGUUGCCUCUGUAGUAUCUGGAAGUUUGUAUGGCUGGAAACCUGUUUGUUUACAAAUUGCCAUUACCUUCAGAAAAGCCCUGAUUAAAUGGAUAGUGCCUCAGAGAAAUGAAUUUAUUGUCAGGGGGGUAGGAAUGCUAAUGGCUGUAAACAUCCUUAAGUCAGAGCUAUGGUUUCAUUUAUGGAAUUCUACUGUUGUAGUUUCAGAGACAGCCUAGAUGAAAAGCACUACCAUCUCAGAAAUGUGUAAAAUGACAUGGUACCCAUGCCUCUCUCCUCACUGUGGGGAGGGUGCAGGGUAGCAUGUAGCAGUUUGGAAGCGCCCUACUUCAAACUGUAGCAUGUGGUUUCACAGUCACCUCUAGAGGCAUCAGGACGAGUGGCCUCCUGCCCUGUCAACUAUAAAACAAGGACACCAACUGGAACAAUUAACCUCAAAGUCCAAGUGGGAAGGUUAGUAAUUUACAGCUUUCCAGUUGGGAGUAUGAUAUGAAAGCAUAUAUACUGAUGCCUUGGCCUAGUGCCUGGCUUUUAUCUGUCCUCAAGUCACCUGGGCUUUGUUAUAACUGCUGGCCUGUUUGUUUGCCCCACACGGACUGGUUAUGUUGGUGAGCGUGAACUAGAAUUGUUUUGGUAGGCAUUUCUGCACCAACAGUAAGACUGAUAAAAAGUUAUGAACAUACCUGCAUGACAGGUGCUGCCUCAUUAGAAAUGUACUUAUCCCCAUGAUCCUAUAAAGUGUAUUCCAGCUACUUUUUGUAGUACGUGAUAUCACGCACACUCUCCCAAGCCCCUCCUAACACUACGGCUCAGAGACUAGACUGAGAUACAUCACGUUAUUUGACAAAGCUGAGCGUGGCUCAGUGCCUUGAUUCCUGCUUGCCCCUUGUAAACUGCUGUGUGUUACUGUGGAAUAAGAUCUAGGUGGGAGAACGCCCAGCUCCAGCUUUUCUUCCUAAUACCAAAGUGCAAAAGCGAAACUGACAAGGAAAACGGCUGUUGGAUGAGGUACUGAAAAACUUGUAAAAUCACCAUUUAUGUGCAAUCACUGAUUUCUUUUCCUAGCUAGGUAAUGUGUAUCAGUAAAUGUCAGAUAGUUUUAGUGCCUUAGGAAGUGUUGCUUCAAAGUUAAUAUUUCUGGAUCUCAGAUGGCUACCACAUGAAUACUGGCUGUAUGAGUACAUGAUUCCUGUGUGACUUAUAGUGCAUGUUGCCUUCAUGGGCUUUGACUGCACAGACCAUGUAAUAACAAAGUCCAGCUUUGUUGACUUUAUCUGUUUAAGCAUGAGGCCAACUCCCUGGGGGGAAACUCUCAGGAGCAGGUAGUUUCCUGACCUCCCCACCUCCCGCAGUGCUCAAAAGCACUGUAAUUUUUUUGUUCCAUCUAUUUGGUAAAAAUCAUUUAGGUAGAAGAACUAGUCAUACCAUGAUCCUGCUUGCAUCAGCCCAGUGUAUAGGUCCAACAUGUUAUUCGUCUUCCUGUUCAGGGAAAAGCUGCAGGUUUCUGGGUAGGAGGUAUUGUUCAUGUUUCUCCAUAAAGCUUCUCCAAAAGAGGGACUGUCCCUCCAUUUGUUUUGAAAUAGUUGUUCUCAUAUCUGAGAACAAAGUCCCAAUUGUGCGGAGAGAGGGAGGGAGUCAGGGUGGGCCUGCACAUGUGUUGUUAGCUAAUGUAUUUAAAUGCUAGCGCUUUCAGUGCUGAGUAAAGGGAGAAGCAGAAUGAAGUUAUUAACCCCUCCUGCUUUGCCCCCAUUCCUUCUGGAAAGACUUUCCAAGUGGCAAUCAAGCAGUAAUUGAUGGCAUUGGGGGAUGGGGGGACUUUUGGACUACUUUGCUUCUCAGCUACAUUGUUUGGGUACUGCACCAUUUGUCAGGAGCCUGGGUAUGAUCUUAGAUGCCUCCCUCUCCAUGGCGGCACAGGUCACACAUACUGCCAGGCUGACAUUUUUUCCAUCUGUGCCAGCCCAGGCAACUGAUGCCCUACCUGUCUCACCCCAACCUUGGCAUGGUAAUCCAUGCAAUGGCCACCUCCAGGCUAGACUUCUGUAACUCUCUCUAUGCAGGGCUGUUCUUUAGACUGCUCCAGAAACUCCAGCUGGCUCAAAAUGCAGCUGCUCAGGUCCUCAUAGGGACAUAGUGGAAAACAAACAUACAGCCAGUGCUCCGGGAGCUGCAUUGACUCCAGAUGGAGUAUUAUAUCAGGUUCAAGGUUUUAGUAUUAACCUCCAAAGCUCUAAAUGGUCUGGGACCAUUGUAUUUGCAGGACCACCUCUCCCAGUAUACCCCUCAAAGAGCAUUAUGCUCAUCAAUAACAACCUACUGGAGAUCCCUGGCCUGAAAGUUGUCUGGCUAUCCUUAACUAGGGUAGUGACUUUUUAGCUUUGGCCCACCUGGUGGAAUGCUGUGACCAAUGAGACCAGGGCCCUGUGGGACCUAUCAUAGUUCUGCACAGCCUAUAAGAUGGAGUUGUCUUCCAGAUUCAUGGUGGAGGCAGCCAAAGUACCCAUUCAGCUGGCCUCUGAUCUUUUUACGUUUUUAGACUUUUAAUGUUCUUAUUUAUGUUAUAUUCGUUAUUAACAUUAUCCUCAAGGUUAAAAAGGGAAAGGGGUCAUAUUGUACAAAUUGUAUUUUAUCUUUUUAUAUCUAGUGGUACUUUUAAAUUGUAUAUGUUGUUGUACACCACUCUGAGCUCUGCUUGUUGUGGAGAGCAAUUUAUAAAUCAAAACAUGAAAUAAAAAAUUUAAAUUAC